CAUUGAUAUCCAGAGCUCAAUAAUUUUCUACAAGACAAAAGUUCAGAGUUCAAAGUUCAAAGUUCAAAGAAAAGAGUAUGGAGGGUUUGAUUCCUUAUUUUCUCCACGCCAUCAAGAAGCAAAGGCCUCAGCACAAGUUUAGGUCAUUUUCCGGGAGCAACUCCAACCGAAGCUACCAGCUCCUCGCCACUGGUAAUGACUCCUUAGAGGGUUCAUCUCAUCGCCGGACACGAUCUGAAUUCCCAGCUCCGGCCGCUGCUGACUUGUUCCAGCAGCAAUCGGAGCUUGAGUUUGCUCAUUCCCGGAGCUACAAGGAAGAAGGUGGUGCUUCUGCCGGUGGGGCUUCCUUACCCGGUGGAUCAAAGAAGGGUUUCUACCCUUACCGAGCAGCUAGCAGGAAAUACAAGUGAAUUGUAAGCUGUUGAGAUUUCAUUGAUUUGUUUUUUAGUUCAAGGCAGGAAGAAUGGGUUCAAAGGUGGAGCUUCAUCAUGAUCAAUGAUAAUAUGGGGUUGCCAGUAGAAGUUCAUUUCUUCUUCAAGUUGUAUUGUACGUAGUGUAUGAUCUGUUUUUGUUUUUGUAAAAUGUCGGUGGAUCCGAACAAAUGUCGGUGGUCCGAACCUUUUAAAGAAAUUGAACAGUAAUAAACUAAUAAUCAAUUUUAGAUCAUGA